GAUGGAAACAAAUGUUUGGAGGAUCAGGAUCCUCAAAACAAAAUAUUCAACAACAUACUCAUAGCCCUAAAAGACCAUCAAGCUUAAAAAACUCUGUAGACCUUACAAAUACUCCUGAUAUAUUAUUAUCAACACCAACACCAAUUCAAAAUAAUCAGCAAAUAAGAAAUCCAAAACGACUUAUAGAUAGAAGUAAUACUUCAUCACCAGUAUCAUGGCACAAAAACCAAAAAAUGUAUACACUAUCAGUAACGAACUCUGAAAAUGAAGAACAAGAGAUAUCUCAAAAUAUUGAAAGAGUAUUUAAUCAAGUUAACCAAAAAGAUAAUUCAGAAUCUCAACAAAUACAAAUACAAUCUUCCUUUAAAGGACGACCCUAUACAACAUACUUAACACCGGCAUGGAAUCAACCACUUGAAGUUUAUACUGAAAACAAACCACAAAACCAACCACAAACUUCAAAAAAUGAAGGAAUAAGUGCACCAGCCGAUGAAAGUGAUAAUGAGAGCUUAACUAAAGAACAACAAGAAUUUCUAGAAGAAAUGGAUGAAGAAGAACAACCGAUGAAUUACAACAAUUAG